GAUAAAUACAAAGAGCCAGUGUUUCAUCAUGCAAGUGCAUAGAGAAUCUUCAGAUGUUUGGAGUCUCUGAUACUUGUUUCUGCAUGGACUUGUUUUGCCUUACUCAUUUCUGGGUCAGAAGCUACCCAGCAGCCAACAAGCACCAACUAAGGUAUGAUUUGUUGGAAGAAAGGGAAGGCAAAAAUUGCAUCACGUGGCAGGAGUGUGGGUGGGUUAGUUUUCUAGAGCUAGAUGUUGCACCUUGCUAUCAUUCAAUUUGUAACCCAUCUAACAAAUUAUGUUUGGUUUUUUGAAGUGAUUUGAUGCGUUUCUGGGGGAGCCUUCAAAGGAAUUAUAACAACAGUAUAUCAUAGGAAGUAUUAGUAGGUGUUUGCUAUCUAGGGUCAAGUCCUUUUUUAGUACAGAAAGAGGUUAAAAAGCCUCAAAAGCUUUCUGAAGUCAAAUACUGAGUGUUCCUGUCCUAAGGGAUCUUCCCUGUCUAGAAAAUUAACAGCAUUGGGUGCUGCAGCAGUAAAACCUGAUCAGUGGUCCAUUAGUCUAUACUAGAUAGAGAAUAACUUUGCAAAAGGCAUGUAUAUGAUAAAUUGAGCAGAACUUUUUUCCAUACUGAUACAUGUGCAUGGUUUGUAUAUAUUAAAAAAACUAAACACCUUGAAAAGCUUAUGUGUAGUUGACUAAUAAAGUUUAAAUUAUGCUUCACUAUAGUUAAAUGAUGCAUGUAUUUUAGGGAGUAUAUAAUCAGGCCUUUUAUGUAGCCAAACACACACUAGUGUGCGUGGGGGGGAAAUUAAUGACACCAGAAUCCUUGUCCUUACCACCUUCCUUGUCACAAUUGCGUACUUCCUUUUCAUUUGUGCCAUUCAUUGUGUCAGCUACAUUUGUGUUCUUAGUGACUGUGGAGCUCCUCAGUUUUAUCUCCUCAAGCAUAGCUUGUGGAAUUCUGUUUUCCACUUUGAGGGGAAAGUGAAGUAAUCUCAUAUGAAAACACAAUGGACAGUGUAUGUGCUGAGUGAACUGACGGUGCAUAGGACAGCCACCUUCAAAUGUUCUGUAUUGAAGCUGUGUUAGGAAUGGGAGCUGAGAGAAAGAAUAAGCAAUCAAAGAGUGUAAUGUUAAAAGCAAGUGUUCUUGCUCCUCACCAUGUACCCUUUCUUAUAAACAGCGUCAGGAAAAAUAUUGGUCAAAUCUUGAACUCCUUCAUCACCAGCCUUCUUCCUGCAGGAAAAAGAAGAAAAAAAAAUACCCUUAAAGUUUAACAGUGGGUUUGCUAAUUAGUCAGAAAUUUUGUUUUAGAAAUUACUUGCUGUCCUAGAUCUGAGUGUCCAUUUUUCAUUUCCUGAAGAACUACGGUAAAAAUUCAGUUCUACUUUACUGAGGUGCUGUUCUUUCAGAGAUAAAUGUAACUGUUUCUCACAUAUCUCUUUUAAAGCUAAAAUGAAGUGGGAUACUGAAAAAAAAUAGAAAUGAUGCAUUUCUUACAACUGACACUCCAGAUUUCUGAGGAGUGCGGGUGCUUCCUUCCUCCUUGUCUCCUACUUUUACCUCUUAGUUUAUCUCUUAGGUGUUGGAUGUUUUCUUAGGAUUGCUUACCUCUGAGAAUACUCUAGUUAAAACCAGCAAGAAGCCAGAUUGGAAACAGAAGAGGAAGUAAAGUUUGUACAAAACUGUUUGCAGGAGGUAGAAAGCUGUCAAAGAUGCAUUUCAGGAUUGCAAUUUCUUCUGAGUGAAGUGGUUCACUUUGGUAAAUGUUUUUAUGGUAAGCAGUUGUAUAUAGCUGAUCUUGGUGUUAUUUAUGCUGUGAGCUCACAUGUACUAAAAGUUAGAAUGGUAACCACAUGCAUCUGCUUUAUCUUCAGUGUGCUAGUUAGCUUCUGAAUGCAAGUAUAACAUCUGUCUUAACUGUUUACAAAGCUGCUACCACAUCUGAGGUUUUUAUAUGUGGAAGGAGAUGGUGGAAGGUGAAAACCUUCUUGACUUCCUUCUGAGAAGAGAUCAUCUGAGGAAUGAAGGCUUUACCAGUUUUAAAAGUGCACAGUGAGGGGGAAUGUGUUGCAUUCAUUGAUACUUGUUUCUCACUAUCCAAAUCUAUUUUAACUGGCAAUAAAUUAAAUUAAUUUUCCCCAAGUUGAAUCUGUUUUGCUCAUGACUGCAACUAGCAAGUGAUCUCCCUGUCUUUGAAUUGAUGGGCUUUUUCAGCUUGUUUUCAUACCUGUCCUGUUGAGGAGGGGGGAGUGGAAGAGUGGCUAGGUGGACAAUGCAAUCUACCACAUCUAAGGUAUGAAUGUCACAGUAUUCCCUUGCCUAGGAAAUAGUGGACUGUGGUGUUACAGGAGGAGGUCCUACUUUGAUAUGAGUGAUGUCUAAACUGUUUUGGAUAGAUGGGACUAAUGAAAGUGUUUCUUUGUGGCAGCCACUUCUCUGGAGUGAAUUCUUACCUGGUUAACAGGGCUUCCUGGGUAAUCCCACACGUACUUACUGAAAACUUGUAUUUGAUCUGAAGUCACAAUGGCAAAUAGUGAUCUCUUUGAUUGUUGCAGCAAAUAUUGAGUCCUUUAAGCAAGGCACAAAAGCGAUCACAUUUUACUUUUUGAAGUCGUCAUUCUAUAUGUAGAAAGGAGUGCACAGUGUUUAAAUCAGGGCUUGUAUUUCUCAGUGUGUUCUGGCUGGGCCUUUCAGUUUCUGCUUAUUCACCCAUUUCACUGUAGUAGAUCUCAGCUCUGGUAUCAAUUAAGAAACCUGUCUAGCCUAUUACACUUCUGCUGGAGAAUAUCAACCAUAUUUGUGUUUUACAGGUUUAAAUGUAGGGGAGGCAUUAUGAGAAAAUUAUGCUGCUGCAGUACGUUCUCCUUCAUCUACUCUGGUAGUGUUGCUCUUGCUGAUGGUGAGGAUGGUAGCAGCAUCUUCAGAGCAUUAUAUCUAUGCUUCAGAAGGGGAUAAAGCUUGGGGUGAGUGGCUUCUUUGGUGUAAGUACUUGUUAGGCCAUGCGCUGGAAAAGAAAUAAGCAGAGUCUGGGGAUGAGACUUUUUAUCUCCAAUGUUUUUCAGAGAGUAAUUUCUUGUUGAAACAAGAAGAGAACUUCCUUGGAUUUAAGUUUUGUAUGUGGGUUCUUAUAUCACCGACCAAAAACACCAGGUGCUUUCCACUAAGGGUGUCUAGUCUGGAUACUAGGUGAUGUGGUUCACUUGUCGAUUUCUGGUAGGGGCACUCUUUGUGACAGAAGAUCAAUGGAUAACUUCCUACCUUUAACUAAAUGAAUCUUUCUUUUCUUCCCCUUUCUCCUUGUUGCACCAUGAAAGGAAGAUUCUCUGUUAGAAGGAAAGUGGCAAAUUAUUAGAGCUGCCUAUAUGACGGAUGUAAAUCUAUCUGUGGUGAACAAAUGACUUCUUAGCUAAUAAAUUAGGGGAAGAGCUUCAAAAAGGAUUGCACUGUCAUUGUAAUGUCAAAUAAUUUCUUCCAAUAUCAUUAACUUAUGAUUAUCGUUUUACUCUUUACUUAAUGUAUAAUUUAUUUAUUAAAUUUUCCUCUCUAAGUUAAGGCCAUAGAUGGAAAUGCAUAUACUAAUUGUUUUGUCACUUGAGGUACUAUUGAAGGGAAGGUAUUUCUCCAUAUUGUAGCUGUCAGGGUCAGCUGGGGAUUAUGAGCCACCAGCUGCUCUGGAAGUAUACAUGGUGAUACAUGUUCCCCAUCUAGAAAAAAUGUCUUUUACACUGAAAUAUUUUUUAAAAAUUAAAUAAAUUUUAAAAAAUCUGAACUUGAAUCAGACAGAGUGACUUGGCUUAGAAUGCUGUAGUUUGGGUCAUUAAACUGUGGCACCUGUCAUUUGAAAAGCAACUACAAAGACUACCCUGGAACCCAUCUGAUAACCUUCAGCUGCCUGGGUUUAUCAGUUGUAAACAGUAAAGAAGAGCAACAUUUUCAUAGAGAAAUUGAUAUGUAUUUCUUUAUUUCAGGAAGCACAACCUAUGAAAACAAUGUCUCUUCUCUUUCAGAUAUAUGAACUUCUUUAUAAAAUGAUCAGAGGUAUCACUAGUGAGAUUAGCUAAUAGCUGCAGAAUGGAACUGUUUUGCUCUGGGUAGGUGAUAACAAAAAAUAUCACAGUCAGUCAGCAUUGCACUCAUUAGUAAGGGGCAAGCAAAUGAAACAGGCUGAAGGUGCUGCUAUUUGGAAAACAACAGCUGCAGAUCUGUUGUUGGCAGGGAACACAGCCGCCAAAACCCUAUAUUCAGCAGGUUACAUUUGCAGUGAUCACAGUAGUCUCCCUCCCUAGAAACUGUUGACCAGAAUCAUCUGCACUUGCCUUAAGAAAACUAAUGACCAGGAUGGCUGCGUGCGAUUGUAUCUGCAACUUAUGAGAAAGCAUGUAAAAUAAGAUCCUGCAGUUUUCCUUCCCUGUGACACUGCAGAUAAUCUCUGACCAAGGCAGUCAUGUUCCUUUAUCACCCAAGUAGUUCAUCUCCAUGGACACCAAUGGCAUCAUUUUUAUUUAGAAAAAAAGAAAAGCUGAGACUAUUGUAGCGCACACUAUUCAGUAUUUACAAAAUGAUGGAUGUCCUUUAAGCACGAGUGCAGUGAUGGAUAAAUACGUGAGGACUUUGAUCCUUGAAACAGAGCGCUUCAAAGCAGGGACAGGGAAUGCCACUGAUUGCAGAACACCGUGUUGAGGCUCUGGAGAAAGAACUGUGUCUACUCCCCACCUCUGUCUGCCAAGAGUGACGAUCAGAGAUGGCUUGAGACCUCUUGUCCGCAUCUCCGUGCCAAAGUAACCAGUGUGUGCCUGACCCUGUGAUACUGCUAAGUGCCUCUGAAAUGGACUCCUCAAACAAGGGACAGUCUAGAGGUCUUCAGAAGGAUUUAUCUGCGUGCUCUGGAGGGCAGCAGUGCGGACGUUGGCUUGGAAGUUCGCACUGGCCCUUCCUCUGUCUCACCGGCAGGUGAUCCGCUAUCGCUAUGAGUGUGCUUUCUAGAGUGACUACAGCCAACUUUGUCAUGGAUGUUCAGUCUCGCAUCUGAAGAUUGGUUGGGUUCCUCUCUGCCACUAAGGAGUGUGUGUGUGGACUUGUCCUACCAGCUCUGAGUUAGUGGUGUGCAGAGGGCAGAUGUGAAGCAACCCUUGGGCCCACUGGUAGCACAGGACAUGGAAGCUCUUGAAGUUGAUGAUAUUAGCCCUGCCUUGGAAGUGACUGAAGACUUCUUCAAUAGUUUUGAUAAUAAACUUGAGAAGAUUGUGCAGCCCUCUGCGGUGUUUGGUGUCCAGGAGGUGCCUGAGCUGGUUGGGCACGAGGUGUUUGAUCAGAUAACAGAGAGCAGGAAUCUAAGGAACGUUGCUUCCUUAGCCAAAAGUAGCCUCAUUUGGGAUCACUGCAAAAAUGGCCUCUUGGAAACCAAAGUCCAGACAGCAUUCUCUGCCAAAGAUCAGCAUGUGCUGCGGAGGGGAACAGCAGCUGACAACCUUGCUUGGUCAGGAGAAGGGGAAACUGCUGCUUUUAACAUCUUCAACAUCUGCCAGCGGAGGAGGGACAGGCCGCGGUCAGUGAAUGACAUCCUGGUGCAGAAUGAAGAAGCCUCUACGUUCAAGCCAGGACACAACCGCUCACGCUCUGAUAUCAGCCACGUAAAAUGGGGAGUGGUUUUUACUGGCACCUCUCUACAGCAGCCAGCUUUGCCGGGUCAGGACAAUAACAGUGCUCUGCUCUCCUACCUGGCACUAACCAAGGGACAGGACAUCCAGGGAAACACAGAACACAAGCCAACGUUCCCAAAUAUUCUGAAGAAGGGAUACUUAGAAAUUAGAAGAGACAAUGACAGCUACUGGCAAACCUGUUAUGCUGAGCUCUCCCCAUACAAACUGUACCUAUAUUGCCUGGACAGCAGUGGCAACCAGACUCUUCCCACCAUGUAUCCGCUCGUGCAUUUUCAAAGAGUCACUGUUACUGGUAGCAUUGAAGCCAAGGUGGUGGAGGCUGUCCUGUCGGACAACUCUCAGCUGCAGCUGAAGGCAGAGUCAUCAUGGGAGGCUUUGGACUGGGGGCGGAAGCUCUGGGAAGCGAUGCGUGCUUCUGUGCCUACUUUGACAAGACAGCCAGAGCAAGUGGAGAAUGUGCCAGAGCCUGACAAUAGCAGUGACCUUUCUCAAACUAAUGGAUUGGUAGAGAAGCCGAUGGAACUUUUGCUGUCUAUGAAUUUGACGGAAAAUACUAAAGAAUGCCCAAAUAUUCUCAAAUCGGGGACUCUAUAUAGGUUAACUGUCCAGAAUAACUGGAAGGCAUUUACUUUUGUCUUAAAUAGGUCUCAUCUAAUGGCGUUCCAACCUGGUAGGCUUGAUGAAGACCCUCUGCUGAGCUACAAUGUUGACGUUUGCCUGUCGGUUCAGACAGAUACUCAAGAUGGCUGUGACUCUUGCUUUCAGGUCAUUUUUCCUCAAGAUGUCCUCCGCCUGCGUGCAGAGACCCGUCAGAGGGCCCAGGAGUGGAUGGAAGCACUGAAGACAGCAGCCAAUGCUACUAGAAGUCUAGGUCAGAACCCACAGGUCACACUUCGAAACAAACCUGGAGAUCGACCCUUUGGAAAUGAUUUCAGGAAGAGCAAGCGCCAGUCUGUGACAACCAGCUUCCUCAGCAUCCUGACCACACUGUCUCUAGAGAGAGGGCUCACAGUUCAGAGCUUCAAGUGUGCAGGCUGUCAGCGCUCCAUAGGCUUGUCCAAUGGCAAAGCCAAGGUGUGUAGUUACAGUGGAUGGUAUUACUGCUGUACCUGCCAUGUGGAUGACAGCUUCCUCAUCCCUGCACGACUGGUUCAUAACUGGGAUACUUCCAAGUACAAGGUAUCAAAGCAAGCCAAAGAGUUUCUGGAAUAUGUGUAUGAGGAGCCACUGAUUGAUAUUCAGCAGGAAAAUCCCAUGUUGUACAAGCACGUUGAAUCUCUGGCAACUGUUGUCCGCCUGAGACAGCAGUUAAAAUCUCUGCGAGCUUAUUUGUUCAGCUGCAGAGCAGCAGUGGCUGAAGAUCUACGUAGAAGGAUCUUUCCGAGAGAGUAUCUUCUUCAGCAAAUCCAUCUUUAUUCUCUGGCAGACCUCCAGCAGGUUAUUGAAGGAAAGCUGGCUCCUUUCUUGGGGAAGGUGAUCAAGUUUGCCACCUCUCACGUGUAUAGCUGCAGUCUCUGUAGUCAAAAGGGAUUCAUCUGUGAGAUUUGUAACAACGGAGAAAUCCUUUACCCCUUUGAAGACAUUUCUACAAGCAGGCUGAAGACAAGUCAUUAUGACAGGGGAGCUUCAUCAUUGCAAAGCACUGAAGGAAAGGCCCAGGAAGAGUUUUCACAUUUGUAACCAUCUUACACAGGUCAGAGAGUUUUCUGCAGUAGGUGCUUGGAUAUAACAUGGGAAGCUGGUUAGACAUAGGAAAAGGUUUCAGUUUCCUGGAAUUGCUGUCUACCAUGUACAGCUCGCAUUUUACACUCAGGACUGUCUAGACUUGGAAUUACCCUGGUUGUAGGUGCUGAGUUAAAAAGGGAAGAGCAGCAGAGCUCUGAAGACUCUUUCCGUGCUUUCAUGUGUUAGUCACUCACUUCUGAACAUUCUGCUAAUUCUACCAGUAAACUGGUCUCUCGGCUUGGAAAUAUUUGAAAUUGGAUGCAGCUUUUCUAAACUUCACCAUAUUGAACAUUUGAAAAGGGAAGUCUUUUUGUGUGUGUGUGUGUGUGUGUGUGUGUGUGUGUGUGUGUGUUAAGCGGACACUUGUUUUCCUGGCUACCUCUCUUAGUUUCCUUGUGCUUUGGAGAGAAAAGUGGCAGCUGUCAGAGAGGCUAGUACAGUUCCGAGGUGGUUUUCAUAUGACUGUUAUCUUUCCAUCUUUGUGGUGUCUUAGAUGAGCUUUGAGAGUUAAUUUCUCCCCAACACCUUUCCCACAUUUUCAAGAGUAGUCUUCAGUAGGAGUUUAUGAAGGAUGGGUCUUCUUUAGAUAUGUGUAUCUCAGAGAAAAGGGGGGCCCCUCUUGAGGGCUGGAGUUUCUUGUUGGUCAGGUUAUUUGCUUAAAAGUAUUUUUUGUCAGUCCUUCAGCAAACAGAGUGAAUACCUGGGUUAUGCGCUCCUCAGAGUUUGAAUACACAUAUAUUACAUACCCUUCUCUCACUAAUCAGCAUGACACAUUCCUUUGUUGGCAAAGGUUCCAAAAUAAACACAAUCAGUUCACUUAAUUAGCGUGUCUGUGGGCUGUGCUUGGCAGACUCUUUACAUCCUGCUCAACAAUACAGAGCAACAGUUUGCUGCCUUGAAUAUAAGGGUGGGCUCACAAAGUCAUAAGCUUUCUAAUGAUAUUUCCUUUCUGUGGCUUUUCUUGGGAGGUGGCCAUUCUGCUCAGAGCUUAAUGAAAGCCUUGAUUCAGAAGUUAAACAAUAUAUUUAUUAUUUUUGUAAGUUGGCCCAUCCUUUUGGAUGCCUCUUCUAAUUUGAUUCCUCUGUCUCCCACUUUCCCCCUUUGUCUUUCUUUCAAGUAUUUAAAUGAAUUCAUCUAGAUUCUUCCUAAAUUUCACAAAUGAUGUUUUUUUUUCUGAAGACCUUUAAAUCAUGAAGUCUGUAUUUAAAGCCUACUGAGUUAAUUGUGCAUUUCAGGGAGCAAAUAGCCAGCUAAUGUAAAUUCUCAACAUCUCUGGAUGUUGACUGCUGGAGCUCUGGCAACUUUAGCAACCUGAACAUCAACCUCUUGUUUUAUGUCUUCAACUAAAUUUGCUUCAGGCUUAAAUUUUCCAAGUAUAUAUAAACAUACACAUAUAUAAAAUAUAAAGUAGUCCUAUUGUGUUACCAAGUUUAUUUGUACAAAUGUUGUGAAAUGAGCUUAAAUAUCUCUGGUUAUAAACAUGUUUGCUAGAGCAGCUGAGCACUGCCCCUCAGGUUUUCCUAGUAUUGCUUGUUCUUCAUUAAUGUGAUGUAUCCUAAAAUAAAAAGUAAUGGUGGAAGUGGAAGAAAAAGUCUGUGUAGUAGUAUAGUUGUCCAUGAUAUUUAGCCCCAUUUGUUUUAUGACCUAGAGCAUUCUUUGACAAGUGUUAAAUCUUAAAGAAUAAUGAGAAAAAUACCAUUGGAAUAAGAAUGGAAUGAUUAAUUAAUAUAAUUUUCUGUCUAAUUAAAUAAUUGGGUGAUUAUGGUUAAGAUUAUUACAUGCUACUCAGUUAAUAAAGUUAUGGUCUUGCCCAUGUGCUGCCAUCUAAGUGACUACCCUCAUAGGUAGUGCAUUGUGUUACACUAGAAAAGUUACUGCUUGGUUAAGGCCUGGCAAGUCAAUUCCUUGCCUUUUAUGUUGUGCCUCUGGAUGCACAUGAACGAAGGAGAGUGGUUCUUUUGUGUUCUUAUUCAUUUAUCAAAGCUAAACUGUUUUCGCUUUGUGAAGUUAUUUGUUCUGAAGAUCGGUUAAGACAUGUAGCCCUUUAAAGAUACAAACCAGAAGACACAAGUUUAAAAUAGACGUGCCACAGAACAGGCUUACUAUAUGAACCAGCUUGAAUGCCUUUAUAAUCUUUGGCCACCAUCCUGAUAAGACCUAUGAAUGUACUUAACUUCCACGUUGCAGAAAGUCUUACUAAAUGCUCUGGGGCUGUGCAUAGAUUUAUACACAUGCCAUUUUUUUUUUUUUUCAAGAUUGCAGCUAACUUGUGGAUGCUGUUAAUGGACAAAAGCAGCUCUGAGCAUUUGUGAGAAAGAUUGUAGGAGGAAAGACUGAAAUAUACAACACAGAGUGUUUCCAGAAAAUACCUUGGCAGAAGUGAAAAGCAUCACUUGAAGUACAUCAUUUUCCCUAUUGCUUUGGUGUGUUUAGUGUUAGACAACCCUUCCUCAGGCCUGGAUACUUUGAGCUGUGCUAGUACUUUGGUACUUUGUGAAAGAGCUACAUUCACUGGAUGUUGGUAGUGUAAAAAGCUUAUUCAAAGUAUCCUGAGGGGGUCUGCUCAUAAAGAAACGUAGGCGCCUAAGCAGAUACUAAAUUACCUUCAUGAUGUAAUUUCUGUUGAAUCUGUCAUAAUGGGCUAAAAUCUGUUGGACCAAAUCUGACUUUAUCUGUGCAUAUCAAUGCAGUAAAUUUAUCUAGAAUGCAUUACAAGAAAAAAUAUACAGGCUUUUUCAUAGAGCACUGUAUUUUGGAUCCACAUUAGCUUUAGAGAUCAGUUUUUUCCUGCCUUGUAUCAGAUUGGUUUUAAGCAGGAAGGCCUCUGCUGCACCAUUCACCACUUGGUGAAUACAGUGUAUUAAUAAUAGGACAGGUGGAGGAGUUUCAGGUCUUGGUGUGACAGCUGGCAGAGGCAAAAGGUAUAUGGGUCUGAGCUACAUAAAUACUAGAAUCUCUAAGGCAUUUCUGCAUCUUCAGUGGUUUGCAGGCAGUACAUAUGCAGGGAUUUGCUCCCUUCCAAAGUGAAUAAUCUCCACUGAUUGAAGUGUAAUCACAGUGUCAUAAAGAAAUGCAUUAAUGCUGUGUUUACUGUCACUUUACAGACACAGGAUUGCUGUGUGUAGGCCACAUUACCUGGCUUGGUAUCUUUGGACUUGGACAACUUGAGAGUGCAGGGCUGAGGUGGACAGAAGUAUGGAAAUACAUGUAGAUAAGUGCAGCAUAAAUCCCUGCAGCCACAGCUGAGAGGGAGCCAGGGAUGCACUUUCCUCCUUAAUCUGGAGCUUCAGAGCUCUGUAGAGAGAGGUCUGAAUCCUACAAGAUGUCUUUGUUCCUGCUUGACCCCACCGGCAUGCUCUGGUGUUGUAAUUCAGCCUACACUACUACACUGACUGUACACUACAGUCAUAGGACGAUAGCAGGUGGUUAAAUCAGCCUACUCUGGUUCAACCCUCUCCUAUAGCCAAUUGUUCUGUGAACAUUCAAAAUGAAGGCCUCCUGGGCAUUUUCUCUCCUCUUUUUGACUGUUCUGGGUCUGGUAAGAGAGGAGUUAACACUGAGGCUUCCUCUGCUGCCAGUGAGACACUAGUGUUCUGUCUGUUUUCUCUUGUGAGCUGCCUGCUUUUCCCCUCAUUUAAGGAGCUUUCAUAUAUCUGUCCACCUCACUGAAUGUAAUUGACCUUGGCAGAGGUUGCUGAUGUGACAGAUCAAGGCCAUGGAAGUAGGUGUGGAUGGGGAGCAGCACCUAGAGCACCAUGGGCAGCCAAAGUGGGGAAGAGGAAGAGGCUCGUUUGUUCACACUCCUGUCUGCUUGGGACGCUUCAGCAAGGGGCUCACUGUGACCGUGCUGAGAGUGUUGACACUGGUCUUGCAGUUUUCAUGCAGGGGCACUGGGUAGCAUGUUAUUCAGUAAUCUCAGCAUGGCAUUAGGAUCAGCAGCAGUGUUGAGCGUGGACGCUGUGUCAGGCUGUGUUUGGUGGAGGCCUGUGCAGCUGUUGCAUGAAUCCAGACUAUAGGUACUCUCCUUCGUAAGCCCCAUCAGUGCAGGCUGGCAAUCACUGUAAGCCUCUUGCUAACUGCCAGCUGUAACCAGCAUCAGCUCCCACAGAACAUGAACUGGGCUGAUGGUUGGUGGCUGCAGUUAUUUAUGCUCUUUCUGUAUGCCACUGAGUCAGCCCAGAACCCAGCCAUUCCCUUCUAAACAAGAAGCAUCUUUAAGCUAUGUUAGCAUACUAAGAGUAACCCCCUAACAAGGAGGUAUAUAGAAAUGAAAAAUACGAUUAUGCUUUGGAUUGCCAUUUCUAUUUGUGCUAGCUCCCUGAGCACUGAAUUAAUUGUUGAGAGUGAAUUUUAAUUUGAGAUGUAAUUAUUUCAUAUUUCAGGGACUGGGUGGGCUUUAAGUGUGUCAUAAAAGGCAUUAUCCUAACAAGAUCCUUAUAGGGACAAAUCAAUGCCAUAUCACUGCCAACUUUCUUCCAUUCAUUUACUACAUCAGCAUCCCGCCUUAGGCAGGCUCGUUGCCGUGGUUCCUAGGCAACUGUAAUAAUAUUGUUGCACGUGUAUGUCAGGCAUUGAUUGCCUUUGAGGCUUUUUUUGUGUUGCAAGUGAACACAAUCUAGUCCAUUUUCUUUUUCCCUUAUGUUCUGCUAAAAGUCUCUUAAGAGUUCUGAAGGGCAGCCUGCAGUACUCUCAGCUGAGCAACUCAAAUUCCUUGCAGACAUGCACAUGUGGAUUGUGCGGGAUGGGGUUCAUGGUGGAAUCCCUAGGCAAGUCUUUAAGCUACUGUGGGUUGCUCUGCCAGUUGUCUUUUUAGUAACUGAGUUUAAGGUGGCUUAAUAUUUAUGGUUCUUAGUGAAAGUAUAACAUAAUCUAAGGAAACUAUAAUGAACAACUCUGUGUUUUGUUGGUUUUUUUUAUUUUUUUUCUUGUUUGUACUCUGCAAUAGGGAAUUAAAAUAGUGAUCUGAAGAGUUUGGGGCAAUGAAAGGCUCCAUUCUGCAUCAAAUCCUUAUUGAAAUUACUUCAAAGUGAAUACCCACACUCAGUAAAUUACUCAUUUGAGUAAAUGUGCGUAAGGCUUGGCACAGAGGAAGUGACAAAAAAAAAAAAAAAAGGUUAGUGUAUAAAACUAAAAGCUCUUUGCCUUUCUCUUGUAAUUGCUUCUGGCUUACCUUAAGUGAGGCAGUUCAUCUCAUCUACUAUUUCCUAUUUGUGAAAUGGGAAUGGUGGUGGUCUAUCUGUCAUCCACUGUUUGUUCAUUGCAGGGCUGAACAGCAUAGCCAUGAUCUGUUUUGAUUCCCAGCUUGAUAUUUGUAAGCCAGACUGAUGCAGGCCAUAUGCUGUGGUACUAAAGCCAUCCUAAUACAUGCUGCUGGUUGCAGCAGCUUCAUCCCAACAGUGACCAUGGUUAUCCUGCCAGCCUCUAAGGCUCUUAGAAGACAAAACUGCCUUCCACAUUACAUUGUGCAUCAUGAAUUGAUCAUCCUCUGAUUAUUUUGUCUAAGUUGGAAGCCCUUUGAGGCAGACCUCUGUGUGAUGCACCCUCUCUUUUCCAUGUGCCCCCUCUGAUUGUAGCUGUGAGGACCUGAAUAAUGGCACAGUGCAGGGAGAAAUAGAAAUAUGAUCAAUUGGUAGAGCAGAAUCUACAAUUACUUGACCCAUAAGCCUGUGCAAUGUGACGGAUUUACCAGAAUUUACGGUUUACCAAAAAUUGGCAUCCAUAUGUUUCGGAUGUCCAGUCUUAGAUAAUAAUGUGGGCAUUUCAUUAGCACAUAAGGAGUGGCUUCAUGCUUUCAGUGUAGAAAGGCUUUUCUUUUGUAACUAGUGAUAAUGAUAGCAUUAUAAUGCCUGUCCAGCUAUGGAAAGCUGUGGACUUUCUCUUAAGGUGCUUUUCAGUGCAAUAGAAAUUAUUUAGAGAAAUGAAUAGUUCUUUGCAGUUAUAUUUCUUCAGUUUUCAAACAAGUAAAAUAUCAUUAAAACAUGGAACACCCUUUAUCAUCUUGAUAGAAUUGGUCAAAACACCAAAACAGAGAGGAAGCCAUAUCAGGUGCUGUUUGAGGAGGCUGAAAGUCAGUGUGUGAAUAACAGUCAGUGUUCACCUAUUCUUCAGAUAAUGUUUGAGGAAUAGCAAGUUACUAUUAAUGUGCAGUAUCAUUUAUUACAUAAGGAAACAAGAAAAGCUGAAUGGCUAUGGACUCAUCAUAUUAUUAGUUGUGGUAUAUAGAAAUUUCACAAAAGCUGCAGAGACUUCUUGGUCUCUGGCUAAAGAAGUCGUCAAGGUACAGAAGUAGUACCUGAACUGUAAGUUACCUAUGAAAACAAUCAGGUUUAAGGAAAAAAUGACUAUAUGUAGUAACUGUUACAUGAGCCUUUUGUAGACUACAAAAUGUUGGUUUUUUUUCUUCCAGGAAAAUAGAAGCAUUUAGGCACACAGAAGCUUGAAAACAACAGGGAAGUAAAACUGUGAAACCGGCAUGUGAAGAGCUAGUUGUAGAGUGGUUUUAGAGAGUCUGAGAACAGUUCUUGGUAGUGGUCUCAGUAAGUAACAACUGGCUGGCGGUUACAGGCAGGAACGUUGACAUUUCUUUUCAUCCUUCAUCAGGGAAGAAUUAGCCACAUAAAGGCAUCUAUGUGUUUACUUUGUGCAGAUAGCCAGUUUGCCGGCCUGAAAAAAAGCUGCUGCUUAUAAUUUUUAUUUUGUUCUUUACCUUCUUAAAAAGUAGCAAAGGCAGUGCUUGUCUUUUUUGUUGUUGUUGUUUGUGAACUCCACCCAUGCUAGGUUUUUUUUUCUGACAAAAACUAAACUCUACAAAAGAAUAUGAAGAAAGGCUUAGAAAUAACUCUGUGAGAUCAGUUUUCAAAAGAGAGUAUCAAUUUAGAACUGCAUGUGGAACACCCUUUUUUCCUAACACAGGUGCUGCUGUUUCCUUCACAAAGUACAGCUGCUGCUAAUCCAGCUCCUGGAUUCUUUUCUUUGCUUCCCCAUCAUUGUACCCGUAGCUUCCUGGUGGCUUUCAGCAGAAAGGCAAUUGAUGGAACAAUUAAGUUGUUGCACUAGGUAUUUGAGUUUUCGCAUGUGUAAAAGCACCAGUAUCAUCAGAAAGGAGCUGUGCACAAAGGGAAAAAUGUCAGUCUAAUCGCAGAGACAGAGUUCACCAAUGCCUUCAAAUGCAAGGUCUGCAAUUCCAAAGACAGUGAUGCUAACCGAAUAUGGGAUCAACACCUAAGUGCAGCUCAGCCCUAAUGUGCACUUUAGUGCCUGAUAAGCCUUAUGGAGUGCAGGUUCCUACAUUUGGAGAGAUGCUCUGCCAAUGUGUAACCAUCUGAACACGCAAGUCCUGCAUGUUAAAUCAUUUGAGUGACAGAGACUCUUGCUGCUUUUCUAGGAGUUAUUGCAUCUGUUUCAUAACACAUGGAGAAAGAAGCUUUUGCUGUUAGAUACACAGAUAUACUAUUUGUCCAAGUUCUUCAUGACAAGGAAAAGACUUCAGGGCACAUGAUGAAGCAGGAACAGCAGGCUGUUCUUAGCACUAGUGGCCCUUCCAUUUUUGAUGCUACAAUGGAGAUAAAAUUAGACUAAAGGAUUAAAGAAGAAGAAAUCUGCUUGAGAUAUUCUAAAGUGGAAUAUAACUUGGUGGGUUUUUUUUGUUAUCACUGAAAAUUUUCUCCCAGUGAGAUUGAAAAUGGCUGACCAUUUGAAAUAACCAGGAUCAUUUGAGACAGACUGCAUUUGGUACAGUGAAAAGCAAAGACACAGAUGGGUUGGGCAAGGAGUAGUCUGCCAUCCAUGCAAAUACAGGAUCAACCUUAGCCUCAUGUGGCUGAGUUUCUUCAGCAGCGAGGAGAUAUAAGUAUACAGUGAAAGCUCACUCAGACAUCCUCUUUCCCUGUCCUUCUGGAGAGCAAGAAGUAGUUUGCACUUCACCUCCGAGCUCUGUUCUUCAGGCUUUUUCAGGGCUCUUCCACAGUGAAGCAGUGCUGUGGGCUGUGAGUUGCAGGGCUGGCUGUUUGCACUGCCUCUGCUGAGUGCCUCACAAUGUGGGGUCCCACCCAGUCAGAGCUUUGGCUGUUGUUCCGCUACUAAUAAAUAACUGUGCAGACUUUUUUUCCCUCUUUUGCUUUUGAGCAGGAUGAAAGAAGUUUGUUACUUUUUUUCCACUGCUUACUUCUGAAACAUGAAUUCAUAUUAAUUUAAACACCGUAAAUCAUUGUUUUCUCUGUUGUUGGCCUUUUGCUGGGAGGAGCAGGUGUGCUGACUCCUUUAAUCCUUCUGGCAACCAUUCCAGCAGCAAAUUUUGAUAACUUUUGUCACCUCAUCAAGUGCUGUGAAGAAAUACUGAAUGAGCAUAGGGAGUGGCAGUGCAAAAGCACAAAAUUACACUGCUCAUCAAUCAUUAUCCUCUAGCAACUUCCAGAGUGCAGGGAAUUGCUGACUAACAAGGGAGAAUUAGCCUGAUAAAAUCACCAUUAGUGUCAGGUCAGAAUGAUGUAAAGUUUUAAAGACAUGUCUUUCUUCUUUGUCUUUCCUUCAUCCAUUAGUGUGUCUGUUGGUUGAGAUCCCAGUCCAGCAAAGCACAUAAGUGCAUGCUUAAUUUUACUCGAAUCAGUAAUCGCGAGGAGCUCGCUGUGAUGCUACUCACAAGCACAUGUUUAUGUGUUUCACUGGGUCAGGGCCAUAACAUACUUCAUCAUUUGUGUGCUCAGAAAGAGAAAUAUCUCCGUGUGAGCCAAUUUCUUGCUUCAAAAACAGUUUCAGACUCAACAGCUGAACACAUUAAUAAGAGUACGUCAAGUUCUAGCACAGGCAGAGCAUAGUAGUUAGUAUUGUAUUUAAGUUCUUUAACCUUGCUAGUUGAAUUCUGUCAA